AUGACGGACAAACUCAUAGCGCAGGCCAAGGAAAUGGGCCUGGAAGGGUCGGACAUCCUGCAGUAUGUUGAAAGACAACAGACCAUUGAGAGGGAUGAGAGGGCUAGAGAGAGAGAUGCCCAGAGGAAGCAUGAACUGGAGCUGGAAGCUCUCAAGUUAAAACAAGCAGAGAUUCAGUAUAAGGCGGGGCAGAAGCAAGCUGCGGAGGAGGUCAAGGCGAAGACGCCAAGACUACCAAGUUUCACGGAGGGCAAGGGAAUAGACGGAUAUCUCCUGAGGUUCGAGAGAUUUGCGCGCGCUAACCACUGGGCGGAAGGCACGUGGGCGUCAUCGCUGAGUGCAUUACUAACAGGGAAAGCACUAGACGUAUACAGCAGGCUGUCUGACGCUGAGGCGCAAGAUUAUGACAAGGUAAAGGAAGCCAUUCUAAAGAGGUACGAGCUUACCGAAGAUGGGUUCCGCAAGAAGUUCAGGUCGGAAAUUCCUCAGGAAGGGGAAGGGCCUGAUCAGUAUAUCGUGCGUUUAUCCAGCUACCUCAACAGGUGGAUCGAGCUGUCAGGAACUUCAAAAACGUUUGAGGGAAUUUGUGACCUGAUUAUCCAGGAACAAUUCCUAGAUCUGUGCCCGAUGGAUUUGGCGAUACACCUCCGGGAGAGAAAGCCAAAAUCCCUAGAGGAGAACCAUGUCAGCAAACCCACGAUGCACCAACCGACGAAAGGUUAUGAUAAGAGUCCGGCUAAGUUUCAAGGGAAGUGCUUCCAGUGUGAUGCCACAGGUCACAGGAAGGCAGACUGUCCCCGGACGCAGACGAAAGCGCCGAAGAAGAGUAUGUUCGCCCAAGGUCGCUACCAGUUUUGGGACGGAGCCUUGGGGGAGGAGGAGAGCAAGCACAGUAGCAAGGGUACUGUAAAUGGCCAGCGCGUACAGAUGUAUAGAGACACGGGAAGUUCCAUGACCUAUGUUAACCAGCGGUUUGUGCCUAAGGAGGCCUACCAGAAGAAUACAGUCAGGGUCAGGCUGGCCAAUGGAACGGUUGAUACCAUCCCCACAGCGAGAGUUAAGCUGGAGGUGGGAGGAAGUGAGAAGUUAAUGGAGGUUGGAGUUAUGGAUACUCCAUACCCAGGUACUGCUUGGUAA